AUGAAGUCUGAAUCUGUGAAAUGCGCCGGCCUCGCGACAUCUAUUGCUUUGGCUACAUGUUUAACAGGCGUGCUGGCUGGAGGGAAUAGUUCGACCGAAAGGAAUAGUUCAACUGUCCCAGUCAGUCUGACAGUUGCAAGGGAGGGAGGGAAUAAAUCUAGUCCGCUUCUCUAUGGAGUUAUGUUCGAGGAAAUGGACCGUUCUGGCGAUGGUGGAAUCCACGGACAAGUGCUGCAGAACAAUGGCUUCCAAGGAACUAGUCUUGGGUUGACUGCCUACGCUCCGGUGGGGGAUGUGACAAUCUUCCAGGAUACCUCAAAGCCCGUCAGCAAAGCAAUUACGUCUUCGCUCAACGUUGAAGUACCGGAUGGAGUAACAAACUAUGUUGGCUUUGCCAACACCGGUUACAACGGUAUUCCAGUCACAGGCGCCACAUACAACUGUUCCUUCUGGAUGAUGGGUAACUACUCGGGGACUAUCAACCUGCAGCUUGUUGGGUCGCAUAGUGGUUCGGUGUAUGCUGACCACAACUUGACUGUGAAGAGUACGGAUUCAAAAUUCACGGAAUUCAAAACCAGGUUCAACACGACUUAUACACCAAAAGGGGAUAAUGAGUGGCAUUUGACUUUCGAUGGAUCAAAAGUUGCUGGUAGCUCUUUGAACUUUGGCUUAAUCCAGCUGUUUCCUCCCACUUUCAAAGGAAGAGAGAACGGAUUACGAGAUGAUAUUGCAACAUUUCUAGACGAGGUCAAUCCAUCAUUUCUCCGGUUUGCAGGCGGGAACAACAUCGAAGGCUUACAGGUUGAUUCUCGCUGGAAAUGGAACACCACGAUUGGACCCGUGGUCGAGCGCCCAGGAAGAGAAAGCGACUGGUUCUACCCCAAUACAGAUGCCCUCGGCCUGGACGAGUAUUUGUGGUGGUGUGAAGACAUGAACAUGGCGCCACUACUGGCUGUGUGGUCUGGCAAGUCCUAUGGGGACAUUCUCUCCGGGCCGGACCUCGAGCCCUUCGUCAAGGAUACCAUGAAUGAGAUGGAAUAUCUCUUUGGCGACUCCUCGACACAUUAUGGCAAACUGCGAGCCCAGAACGGUCGGAAAGAUCCAUGGAAGGUCGACCUUAUUGAAAUUGGCAACGAAGAUGACCUCACCGGUGGCUGUGAAACCUAUCCGGACCGUUUCAAUCAAUUAUACAAGGCCAUCCACGACAAGUACCCGCAUAUCACAAUUGUUGCUUCCCAUGGGAACUAUUCGUGCUUGCCAUCUCCACUUCCCAAAGAUGUCAUCAUCGAUCUGCAUCUGUACCGAGCACCGGACGAUUUUGUCAAAUUGUUUGACCAGUUUGAUAACCAGCCGCGGAACCAAUCAGUGAUGGUUGGUGAGUUCGGAUGUCGCAAUACUACAGCAGAGAGAGGAGUAUCGUGGCCGUACAUGCAGGGCAGCUGUAGUGAGGCUGUGUACAUGAUUGGAAUGGAGCGCAACAGUGAUAUUGUCAAGAUGGUGACUUAUGCGCCUUUGAUACAGCACUUUGGUUUCGACAAUUGGACGCCCACACUUUACGGUUUUGAUUCGGCUCCCGACUCUAUCACACCCACGGUUUCAUAUUUUGUGCAAAAGAUGUUUGCAUCCAACAAGGGUGACACCAUUCUUCCGGUUCACUCAUCAACAGGAUUCGGACCUGUUUACUGGGUGGCUUCGAAGACAGGCUCACAAUACUACUUGAAACUGGCGAACUAUGGUCCCGAACAGCAGACUGUCAAAGUGAGUAUACCAGGAACCAAAACUGGUAAACUGGAGAUGCUUGCUGGUCCCAAGUACCAGGGCAACACGCCUUACAACGUGCAAAUCCAAACCGUCACCACCAGUAUCUUCAAUGGGCAAGGAAAUUAUUCAAUUAGCAUGGAUCCUUGGGCUGUCGCUGUUCUGGCAGUCUCUUGA